AGAAAAGAAAAGAAAAGAAAAGAAAAGAAAAAGAAAUAAAGGGAAAACAAACAAACAAAAAAGAAAAGACAAAAAAAAAGGAAAAGGCGAUAACCACACGACGUGGAAAGUUUUCUCUCUGUCCGGUCCCGGAGUCCUGAAAAGCCGUGAUGGAGUUGGAGAAAACCUACGCGACCCCCCGGGCCGGCCGCACAGGACAUGGCGGCGUGAAUCAACUAGGGGGUGUUUUUGUGAACGGCCGCCCCCUCCCAGAUGUUGUUCGCCAAAGGAUCGUGGAGCUUGCCCACCAAGGGGCGCCGUGUGACAUCUCCCGGCAGCUCCGCGUCAGCCACGGCUGCGUCAGCAAAAUACUUGGCAGGUAUUACGAAACCGGGAGUAUUAAACCUGGAGUGAUUGGAGGAUCAAAACCAAAGGUUGCCACACCCAAAGUCGUUGAAAAAAUUGCAGAGUACAAACGCCAAAAUCCCACCAUGUUUGCCUGGGAGAUCAGGGACAGACUCCUUGCUGAGCGAGUGUGUGACAACGACACGGUGCCCAGCGUCAGUUCAAUUAACAGGAUCAUACGGACGAAGGUGCAGCAGCCACCCAAUCAGCAGGUCCCAGCCUCCAGUCACAGCAUAGCCUCCACGGGCUCCGUGACCCAGGUGUCCUCUGUCAGCACCGACUCCGCUGGCUCGUCCUACUCCAUCAGUGGGAUCCUGGGAAUCGCCUCCCCUGGCACCGAGAGCAACAAGCGCAAGAGGGAUGAAGGUAUUCAGGAAUCUCCAGUACCAAACGGCCAUUCUCUCCCAGGCAGAGAUUUUCUUCGAAAACAGAUGCGAGGAGACCUGUUCACCCAGCAGCAGCUAGAAGUAUUGGAUCGAGUCUUUGAGAGACAACAUUACUCCGACAUUUUCACAACCAGUGAGCCCAUCAAACCAGAGCAGUGGUGCUCCAUGCUGAUGAGACAGUGCGUGGUACAACCGCAGGCAGUCAUUUUUCAGGCAACUGAAUACUCAGCCAUGGCAUCGUUAGCUGGUGGAUUAGAUGACAUGAAGGCCAAUAUAACCAGCCCUACUUCUGCAGAUUUGGGAGCCAGCGUUCCCGGGCCGCAGUCCUACCCCAUUGUCACAGGUCGUGAGCUGGCGAGCACAACCCUCCCAGGAUACCCCCCGCACGUCCCCCCGGCCGGACAGGGCAGCUACUCUGCUCCAGCGCUGACAGGAAUGGUGCCUGGGAGUGAGUUUUCUGGGAGCCCGUAUAGCCACCCGCAAUAUUCAACGUACAAUGACUCCUGGAGGUUUCCCAACCCUGGACUCCUGGGCUCCCCAUACUACUACAGUGCUGCAGCCCGUGGGGCAGCCCCGCCAGCAGCCGCCACCGCCUACGACCGUCACUGACACCGGAGCCCACGGCCCCAGCCCAGGACCACCGCCAAGAGACACCUUGUGCCACCACGCCAGCCUUGUGGCAAGGGCGGGGGAAGUACCCAGUAGGAACAUGCUAAUUGAAAUUCUGCCCUUUAAACUUGGUGAACUGAUUAUUGUCCUAUUCUUGAAGCUGAUCGUGUUGACUGGGUCUCAAAUCAAACAAAGGAACAGGAGGAAGUGGUUCUCCUGAUGCUCCGUGUGAUCAAAACUGAGUAGUAGCUUUACAUUUUUGCAGCUGGCUGGCUACUGCUUUAGUGGCCUGUGGGUGCCACGACUGUACCUGGGGAUAAGGAAGAUGUGAGCAGCCCUUUGGGGUGGCUUCCUCUUGCUGCACACUGAAACAGGCUGUGACAGUCAAGGCAAUUUUCCUUCUUUUCCUUCAUUCUUUCUUUCUUUCUUUCUUUCUUUCUUUCUUUCUUUCUUUCUUUCUUUCUUUUUUUCUUUCUUUCUUUCUUUCUUCCUUUCCUCUUUCCUUUUUUUUUUUUUUUGUGACAAAGGAAAAAAAAAUCAGUCUGCUCAAUUUUACACAAGCACCACUGUAAAUACUUGCUUGUUUUUAUUACUAUAAGAAUGACUUAAACAUAAGCAGCAACGUUGUACAAAUGUGAACUCAAAACACAUCUGAAAAUGUGUUUUGAAACUGGUGCACUGAUUCAAAGAAUUCAGUAAGCUUUAAGCAACUUUGAACCAGGUUAACACUCAUUGUGAUUAUAUUUCGGACUGACGUUAUUUCUGUAUAGAGCCUCCUAUCUGAUGGUUGUGUGUGAUCAUGUUAUAUGCUGGUAUCAAACACAUAGGCAACUGAAGAAGUGGGCAGUUUUGUGACAUUUUAUUGCUUAAUAUUAUGUUCAUUUUUCAUCAUGAUGAGCACUGAAACAAAUUCUCUAGUUUAAAGUCAAGCAGCAUCCAAGAAGGAAUUCUUAAAUAAUGACACCUUAUGUACAUCUCAACAGGCUGUGUGCUAAAACCCAACUAUGAGCACCAUGAGAGGAAUGGGGAGAGAUACCAUGGUGAUUACUUUGUGAAACAGGCACGUUGAGCGCGACGUGCUGGGCGUGGCGGUGGCCACACGCACUUUCUGAUGCAAAAUGGAGGGGAGGCUGUCUAUUUUAGAGGGCUCUGGAUUUCAGUAAAGGCAUUUCAAAUUAAAGCUGCCAUAGUCCAGAUGUGUGCCAGGAGUUAUUUUGCCUCAUGAAUUCUGUAUUUCUGGCUCCUGCUCUAAUAAUCAGUGUGUGGCUUCCUGAGGCCAAUGAAGAGAGAAGAGUGGCUACAAACAACCUAUGAAAUGGCUACAGCAGCCACUUCCCCUUCAUGGAAGCAAGAUCUGCUGAUUUACCCUGCAAACCCCUCAUGUCCCAGGCUGAGGGGCAGCCAACCUCAGUCAUGCCUUGGUGACAGACCUGACCCUGUUCCCUCGUCCUGAGGGCACCAGAAAUACUGCCUGACCCUGCUGAGAAGAAGACCUGGCCAUGGCCUCGUUACUCCCAGCCCGAUGAUCUGCACCAGCCUGGUGUAGCACAGACACUGCAGAGGGGUGCUGCUGGUGCCUGUGUGUGUCCCAAGACUGGAGAAGGUUUGCUGGUGUUGAACCUGAGAUGCAUUCCCAUGGAUGAACAAUCAAGUACAAGCACUUGUUUCCAGCUGUACAAGCAUUUCUGUGGAAUGGCAGCUCCUGAGUUAACACUCCUCCUGCUCCUCCUCCCUCCCCACCUCAUCGCUUGUACUGCGUGUCUGGCGCCCUUCAUGGCCGCUGACCCGUUCAGAAGCUCUCUCUCCAACUCCAGUGGCAUCUUCUCACAGUGUGGAAAGGCAGCCAUCACUUCCAGGUUUCCAGGACAGUGUGUUCAGAUUCUUAAAAGCCGUGAAGGCACCCACAUCCCACUGGCUUAGCAAUGUUUCAGUGAGAUGUUUACAGGGUCUGUCGGGAAUCUUGGCCAAAGUCCUUCCAAACUGUGUCCCUAACCUAGAAGUAAGUUUUGUGACAAACUUACCAGUGAGAAAAGUCCUGCUUUUCAUCUUUCAGAAACUAAUAGCUUAUACAGACACAUUUUUAAUGGAAGAAAAAGCCAGCAUGGACAAUUUACACAGGAAACUUUCUGAAGCAUUACCUUGGUGUCGUCUCCUUCUGAGCACCCUGUGAUCACUCACACCCUGGUGACAAAGCUGCAGAGGGUGUUUCUGUGCCUGGACGCUGGCUGUGUGGGGACUCUUCACACCUGCCCUGGGCCCGGGUGUGUGUGUUGUCUGCUCCCUGAGCACACACCUUCUCUGUGAGCUCAGGGAAGGACGAGGUUGUCUGCGACUCGGCUGAAGAGGAAAGAAAUGAGGGUUUGACCAUCGGCAGUGAGGGUGUGGGUGAUGGCUCUGGAGCAGAGCUGGGCUGAGCUACACCACCUAUGGAGACACCACCCGCUCGGUGACCAAGCUGGCCUAAAAUGAAUCUGUCUGUCUGUCCAGCAAGGGAACAGCAUCUCCUGUUGAUGGCCUGUGGGUCUUCCACCUACCUUUCAUACUGCCCUGCAAACAUAUUUAUUUUAUUUGCUUCCUUGGUGGCAUGGCUUCUGUGUUGUGUGCUAAUUCAGAUAACAUUGAGAAGACCAAACAUGGUACCUCAGCAGAGGUUGGCAUGCUCCAGCCAGCUGCACCUGCAGUUGGGCUGGGGACUGAGGAAAGGCACAGUGGUAUAUUUCCCCUGAAAGAUACAUGUAUGGUGCUGGAUGAAGUGACCUGAGGUUCUUGGACCUGGCUGGCCCUAUGGUUUUCAUCAGCAUGCCCUGAGCGUGGCCCUUGGGCAGAGCCACUUGCAGGCGUGGUGGUGUGCUCCAUGCCACCACCCGGCAGCGCAGGCAGUGACAGCGCAGGCGCAUGGGCAGUGAAAGAUCCUGGCUGGAGCUGCAGAGAUGAAACCCCCGACACUCACCCUUCCACACGCAAACUGGAUGCAUCCAGCCCACAUCCCAAAGCAGGGCCGCUGGGCUUGCUUAUAUCUACUGGGACUGCUUCCCUAACAGAAAAGCCAUUAAGGGUAGGCCACUGAGUAUGGAUGCUGUACAGACUCCUCCUGACAUACUUACUGGUUUUGAGAAUAUUUCACCUAGAAUUUACAAACUGCUUUCCUCAGGAGGUCUGGACUUUUUGUCCAUAGUCUUCACCGAGGGAAUCCUCCUCCUCAGGGAGCACCUUUGACAGGUGCCGCUGGCAGACGUUUGUCCUCUGGGGAUGAUGGAGAGUUUGCUGCUGCUGCCCGCUCCUCCGCGGCCCCUGCUCAGCAGCGAUGGUCGCCACUAACUGUCCCGUUUCGCCAGGACAUCCCUGGGUGAGGUGGAAGCUGGAAGCAAAUGACCCCGUGGGGCUGCAAAGAGGAGAAAGAGCCAGAUCAGCGCAGGGAUCUAUCAUACGCUCGGCUGGAUGGAGGGUUUUCCAGUAGUAUGUGCUCCAGCAAUAAAUUCUUCAAGUACAGGCUGAGAAAUGAAAUAUGAGUGAUCAAGAGAGAAAACGCUCCUGCAAGACUAAAUCAAUGUAGCCAUGAGCCAGGAUUACAUGGACUGACCUGUUGGGGAAACCCUCAGUCAAGCUGCGAGAGUGUAAUCAUAAAGAAGAUGUAAAAUGCAUUGAGUUUGCUUAGCCUCUAUGGCUAAGGAUGUCCUGGAACCAGAUCCGCAGAGCAAAAGCUUCAUUUGUUUCCUGUCAAGUCAGAAAAAUGCUCCAGGUUCUGGGAGCACAGGGCCAGAGUGCCUGUUGAUGCCGAGACGCAGAGAGGCCUGAGCAGUGCCCUGACGGAUGCCGGGACCGCAGGCAGCCUCAGCACUUGAGGCACUUUGAGAGGAGACAGUGAGGAAAGAAACAGCACCAGAGAAAGAAAAGAGGAAAAACAGGAAAAAGAAGCCAGCUGAAAGGCGGUUUUUGGCAGAAAGUCUGCCUGAGCAGGGAGGCAUGGCCAGUGGAGCUCACUGCAGUGGGUGCCGGGACACUGCAGCAGGUGCCUGUGCCGCUCCGGGCUCCCUGUGGGGCUGCAGUGCCAGGCAGCGCUCUGGCCCCACUCUGCCCACACCAGCAGCCACUGGCAGUUCAUAAACACUCUGAUGUGCUCGAUCGUAACUGAUGGAGUUGUAUUGCUUUUCUUAUUUUCUUUAUUUUACCUAUUCUGCAUGUCCUUCACCAUGAAGGAGAGAGUAAGCCAUGUUACGGUGUCGCUUAUUUCCAACCAUGAGUACCCAGAGCUUCAACGAGCCAUGACCCUCAGCGGAGUUAAUCCGCGCGGCUGCAGCCAGCAGCAACACGACUGCCACUGAGUGUCCUCCUGGUGCUGUGCUCUGUCCCGCAUGUGUGCACCCAUGUCUGUGCACCCAUGUCUGUGCCACCACCACACGUGCAGCCAUGGACAGCACAGCCAGCACAGCAUUAAGCUGACCCACGCUGUGACUCCUUUCCAGCAAAUACUGGGAAAACCUACUUUUUCUUCUGCAUUCACUGAGAAAAUGAUGUUAGAGGGCCACCAGCUCUUGAGUGACGUGCCCUGUGGCCUCUUGCUGAGUGCCCAGGCCAUAGCCCUGUGGAGCACAAGCAGGCAGAGCCAAUGUGGGUGCUGGGCACGCAUCCCGAGUGGCAGCCACCACCACUCCACGGCAGAGGCAGAGCACUUGGUGGUGGCAUGAGGUGGGGACACCAGUGAGAGCCCCGUUGUGUCCUCAGACUAGAACCCGCUCUGUCACAGGUACAUGUUACUACAGCAUAAGAAACGAAAAGGUCUGAAAGCAUCAAAACCAGUUAGUGUCACUUUUCUGGUGGAGCUAAAAGACUAGACGUGCAAACACUGGGGGACACACAUGUCCGAGAGGUGCCUGGUGCCAGGACUGCUCACUGCGGUGUGGUGGCUGGCGCAGGUGUCUCCAGCUGUCACCUCCACUGGUGUGUCCUGUGAGGGGGCUCCAGCGCAGGAGCAUUUGCAGGACACGCCGCAGCGCUGCAGGGACCUCCCUGCACGCUUGAGUGUUCGAUAGGCAGGGGGACUCACAGAGGGAUGGCCCUGAGUCCUGCAGGACCCUUGGCCACCACCCCGCUGGACUUUGUGUCCAGGGUCUGCUGCUCUGCCCUGCCUGAGGAGGGACGGUGCCGGGGGCACCCAGACCUGCCUCUCACUUUGCUCAGCCUCGCAUGGGGAGAAACCUUGUCCUGGUUUUUCACUUUCUAGUGGCCUUUGUACAUUCUGAAAUUACAGAAACUCAUUUCAUUGCAAACGGAAUUCCUUUCCAAGAAAAAAAAAAAAGAGAACAGGCUUUUUUUUUUUUUUUUUUUU